UUACUAAGUUAUCUUUUCGUUUUUCACGUGAUAACAAUCACUGGCUCUCUUUCGUACAAAAAUGGUUAAUCGUUAGUUAGUCUAUGACAAAUAAACAACUUGUUACUUAAGUCAGUUGCUCUUGUUGCGUUUUCCAUAUAAAAUAGUGCUACAAAAAAUACAAAAAUAUUGAUACAUACUAAAUUGAAUUUAUGUGAAACAUUCAAACUUACUUACUUGACACAUAAUGGAAAUGAAGUUACGGAAACAUAUAUUUCCCAGGCGAUGGUGUGAUAUUUUAUGUUUUCUGCUAAUUGCACUCUUUCUCCCACCAAUAGCCUUGUUUGAUUUAGUUAUUGUUGUACCGGCUACACAUCCACCGGGCGAGUUUAUGCAUAACUUCAUUUUUACAUUGGGCGUAUUCUUAUUUACAAAUAUUUAUGGGAAUAUGUUUGCUACGAUGAUGGUGGAUACCAGUGUGGAUGCCAAUUGUUUAUAGCUAUUGACUUGGAUUCGGUAACCCCGCUAAAUCCACGCGCCAAAGGCUGGUACACCUGUAAGCAUUGUUUAAGGUUGGUGCCACCAAGAUCGUACCACUGCAAAGCUUGCAAAACAUGCAUUUUGAAACGUGAUCAUCACUGUGUAUUCACGGGUUGUUGCAUCGGCCACUACAACUUUCGUUUUUUCGCAUUGUUUCUGUUUUAUAUGUUUAUUGGUUCGGCGAUAUCUAUCGGCUACCUUACAUAUUACAUGUUUUGGGUGCACGCUAAUAUAUUUCUUCGUUUUCUCAGUUUCUAUAAAAUGAUUUGUCCAAUGUUAAUGGCACUUGACGGUGGUAUAUGGAAUAAUUUACCAUUAAUAUUUUAUUAUCUGAACAUAGUUGCAAUAGUUUUAUCGUCCAUACUAUUGGUCUAUCAUGGGAUACCAAUUAUUAAUGGAAGUACUUCGUAUGAAAGACGCUUAAAUUACCCUUAUGGUAGAGAUCUAUACACUAAUUUGAGUUCAAUUUUUGGUAAACGUAUGUAUUUGGUGUGGCUGUCUCCUUUUUUAAGCAGUAAGUUGUUGCAAGAUGGUACGAAUUGGGAUGACGAGAAAGGUAUAUCAGUAGUAAGGCUAUCACGGCAUAGGAACAAAAGACAACGUAUGUUACGUAGCACACGUAGAACUAUUUCGGAUUGAAAAACUAAACCUCAUACACAUAUAGUUGUUAAAGACUUUACAUUCAAAUCAAUUAAAUUUAUUGUAAACCUAAACCUCAUAAAUAGUUGUUAAAUCUUUUCAUUAAAAUAUGGUUUUUGUUUUUUAAUAUAAUAAAUACCAUACUUUCUCAUUACAAGUAUAACAUAAAUAAGCUUUGAGUUUUCAGUUUAUAUAAGUAUAGUUUUUAAAUUUUAAUUUUAAAAACUACUAGCUGUUAAUGUCAUAUUAACAUUACUGAUUAAAUAUAACCCCUUAACGACUUACCACAACUCAGCAUAAUAUUUAUUAAAAUAUUUUGUUGUUAACUCUAUAAUAAUAACUCAUAAUUAUUUUUUGUCUUCACGAAAUUUGUAGUUUUGAAUAAAUAUUCUGAAAAAUCAAUGCGUUUUUCAAAAUCGACAUCAUUGUAUUGAUAAAAAAUUAUUUUGAUUCUUUCGGGCUUAAAUCAAAACGUUACUAUAAAAUACAAGUGCUUCUUAUCAUGGCAACUCUGUUUUCGUAGAAUGAAUUUAUUCAGAAAAAGAAGAAGAAUAUUCGUUGCCAAAAAUCGGUAGUAAAUAUUUGUUUAUAUUACUUAAAAGUGUUAGAAUAUCUUUAAAACACAAGCACAAUAAUCGAUUUUUAAAACGCUUUUCAAUAUGCGACUGCGUCGUAAGUUUUUGCCACGUUCUUUGCGUGAUAUUGGAUGUUUCUUAAUGAUGAUAAUUUUCAUACCAAUAACGUUCGUUUUUGAGUUGACCGUUGUUCUGCCUGAGUUUCAUGCUACGAAUGGAAUAAUCUAUUGGCUCACAUGCUUAUUUGGAAUAUUCCUUCUAUUUAACUUGAAAGCGAAUAUGCUAGCUUGCAUGCUGGUAGACACAAGCGCUAGAACUGUGGUAUUAAUGCCACCGGCACAUGAACGUCAACGUCAAUAUUGGCGUUAUUGUUCGGUUUGUGAAAUGUUGGCUCCACCACGUUCUUGGCACUGUAACAUUUGUGAUACAUGUAUACUCAAACGGGAUCAUCAUUGCGGUUUUACUGGGUCAUGUAUUGGGCAUCAAAAUCAUCGUUAUUUUGUUUUCUUUGUACUUUAUUUGGCCAUCGGUGCCACAUAUGCCGCAAUUUAUAAUAGUAUCUAUUUGUGGUGGCUGCAUUCGGAGAUUUACGUCAAUUGGUUGACCGCCAUCAAAAUCGUAUUUCCCAUGCUUAUGCUCUGCCUCGAUGUAUCGUGGCAAAACUUUUAUUUGCUCAUCUACAUGCUGAAUGUAAUUACAAGUGCUUAUUCCAUUGUGCUUAUCGCUUAUCAUGCUCCUUUUAUAAUAUGUGGAGCUAAGGACUGCGAGCGGGAUGCGAAACGCUAUGAUCUUGGCUUACGACGAAAUUUGGAAAUGGUUUUGGGUAAGCGAAUGCACAUGACUUGGAUAUCACCAUUCAUCCGAAGUGACUUACCUCAUGACGGUAUACACUGGGAGAAUGUUAUAGACGAAACGGAAAAGCGUCGAUAAAACUACAGCAUUAACAUAUGCGAAUCUAAGUGAAGAAUCUCUAGUCUAAUUCCGUAUAUUAUAUAGAUUUUUUAAAGCAUUUAAUUUACGCGAAUCGAAAUUUAUACUAAUUGUUCUAGUUUGUUCGUUUAUAAAAAAAAUUUCCACCUAUAAUUUUAUUCAUAAACGAAUAGUUAAAUCCCGAAUUUUUGCAUUUGUUUUUAAGAAUCAGCUUUAUUGCCACAACAAAGAUAUUCCAUCAUUACGAAACUAAUUUAAAUAUAAAAUAACUAUAGUUCAAUCUA